AUGAUAACCUUCGCCUCUUCUACCAGCGAUUCUAAAGUCACUCGUGAUAUUUUGUAUUCAAGAAGAAAUAUUUCUCUAUACCCGGAUGAUCCUAAAAUCGCGGCGAUCAUUGGAUACGAAAGUAUUUUCCAGAAAACCGCCAUUCUCCUGAUCGCCUGGAUAUUGUUUCCGGUCUUCCCAGGAUACUGUUUAUCUAUCUACUACCGUACCCAAAUUCUGAAGAUUUUGAAUGAGAACGCCCUAACGAUCCAAGCGAUACUCCCAAUCGCCAUGAUGAGCCAAUGUUCCAUGUUCUUCUGGCGCCAAUUCCAGCUACCAUACGGUGAAAAAGCGCCAUACUUCGAGGAAGCGCCAUUUUUGCUGCUGGCCAUGGUCAGCGCCUGUAACCCCGUAAUUACCAUGUAUUACGUACUACCGUACCGACGGCGUGUCGUGGAAAUGAUUGGUUUCUGGAGACGAUCAUCGGCCAAAGUGCAGCUCUACGACAUCACUUUUGCUGCCUCGACUAGCACUACGGAAGCCACACGGGAACUUCUGGUUUCUGGCAGAAAUAUUUCCCUGUUCCCCGAUGAUCCCAAUAUCGCAGCUAUGCUCGGCUACGAGAGUAUUUUUCAGGGAACCACGAUGGUCCUGAUUGUUUGGAUCUUGUUUCCGGUUUUUCCGGGAUAUUGUCUAUCGAUUUAUUCUCGCACCAAAAUUAUGCAUAUUCUUAAUGAUAACACGUCGGCGAUGAGCAAUAGUACGAAGCGGGCGCAGCACGAUUUGAUCAAGGCCCUGACAAUCCAAGCCGUACUUCCGGUCGUGAUGAUGAGCCAAUGCUCGGUGUAUUUCUGGCGUCAAUUCCAGCUACCGUUUGGCGACAAAGCACCGUACUUCGAGGAGGCUCCAUUUUUACUGCUGGCUAUGGUCAGCGCCUUCAGCCCAGCAAUCACUAUCUACUACCUGCUACCGUAUCGCAAGCGCGUGGUCGAGAUCGUCAUUUUCUGGAAGAAAUUUGCCCGUACGAGGAUCUACGACCAUUCGACGCACUCGACAACAAAAGAGAAGCACAGCAACGGCACCAUUCAUAUUAAUUCCAUGUUU